UUGUCGCUGACACCGCUUACUGAAUAUGUUUAUAAUUAAGUCCAGUUAAACUAAUUGCAUCAUGUGUAGUAAUUAUCUCAUGUUGAGGAGAACGUUAAUGAUUCUGGAUAACAUAAUGUAUCCUACACAUUUCAGGGUCUAUGUUCCAUCCCCUUCAUGAUUAAACAUUUCAUUUCAUCACAAACUACGUAACAUCGUUAAUUGGUUGGUCCCUAUUUUACAGAACAGGGGAAAUGAGUUUUAAUCAACAACUAAAAAUGAGGGAAUAACUUGCCUCCUUUUCUUGACUUUUUGUGUUGCUUUCAAAUCUAAAACAUAUACCAUCACAACACAUUAUCUACGUUUCUACUAUCCAUGGUAAACAAUGGUUAAUUUAUCGAGGGCAUGCGCUUAUGUUUGGCACCUACAUAUAAAUAUACACAUUUUCUUUCAAUGACAUCGCUGUAACACCAUAACUUUUUCUCCACCCACCCCCUUUGUUAACAGGAAAAGAAUUCUUUUUUGCUAAGAACAAUAUGCAUGUGCCUCGUCGAGAGGACCCAAUGAGCAAAAAACUUUCUCCUGGUAAGUAGAAAAUAUACUAUGCUACGUAUUUCCCACACAUACAAAAAGAUACUUUAUGAUAUCUAAAACAAGAAACUGAAUUAAGUUAUAUACACAGACAUUUCUCAGUUUUUUAAGAAUUCCUCGGUAAUUAAUAUGGAAGACGUUAAUUAUUUGGAGAGUUCCAACAAAACUGCUUUUACUAACAUAGAUAUAGUUACUCAAACGUGCAGUGAUGAGAAACCUUUACAAAGUGCAGCAUUAAUUGCGGUGACGGGAAAUAUUCUUGAAUAUUGUGAGAUUUGUACAAAAACAUUCCCUUCAGAAGAUGAAUUCUUGACACACAAAGAAACACACAAUAAGGAAAAACCUCUCCACUAUAAAAUAAGCGAGAAAUCUCUUCUUUGUAACAGUGAGUUAGUAAAACACAAACGAAAACACGGUGGAAAAAAAUCUUAUCAUUGUGGAAUUUGUGGCAAACUUUUCACUCAAAACUCUCAUCUUGUAACCCAUAUACGUAUUCACACUGGAGAAAAACCGUAUCACUGUGAAAUAUGUGGGAAAUCUUUCGCUUCUAACAGUAAUUUAACAUGUCAUAAAAGAAUACACACUGGCGAAAAACCGUAUCACUGUGAGAUAUGUGGGGAGUCAUUCCCUGAUAACUAUAAUCUUGGAGUUCACAUACGAAUACACACUGGUGAAAAACCGUAUCAUUGUGAAACUUGUGGAAAAUCAUUUGCUUCUAACUGUGACUUAGCAAAGCACAAAAGGAUACACACUGGAGAAAAACCCUUCUGUUGUGAAGUGUGUGGCAAAUCAUUCUCUAAUAGUUCGAAUCUUCGUGUCCACAAACGUAGCCACACUGGUGAGAAACCAUAUUGUUGUGAAACGUGUGGGAAAUCGUUUGUCUCUAACAGUGAUUUAAACAGGCACAAAAGAAUACAUACUGGAGAAAAACCAUUUCAUUGUGAAAUAUGCGGGAAAUCAUUUAUUAGUAAUGGUCAUUUAAAAUCACACAAAAGAAUACACACUGGUGAGAAAUCGUAUCACUGUGAAAUAUGUGGGAAGUCUUUUGUUAAUAAUUCCAAUCUUGUAGUUCAUGUACGAAGCCACUCCGGAGAAAAGCCCUACCACUGUGAAAUAUGUGGGGAAUCGUUUGUUUAUAACAGUUACUUAAAAAACCACAAACAAAUACACAGCCUUCUGUCUGUGAAAAACGAGAAAGUCUUCUCUUGAAAAUCUAAAUUUAUUGCUCCUGGGAAAUAUUUUGAAAAAUGGUAGCAUCUUUUGCCACUAUAAUGGCUGUUCUAUACAGAACUAUGUUACUACAUUUUAACCCCGAGAAAACGUGUUUUCCAGUUGGUUAACAAGACACAACCUGUGUCUGAUAUAUUAUGAGUAAGGGAGCGAAUCACUCUCCUCCAGCUUGGUAAAACUAGUAGAGCAUGGUUUCUGGGUCUUUACCCAUCAUCAAUAUUGGAUACUUGCCUGCUAGAGAUGGUAGUCAAUCAUCCCUACUCACAAUAUUUUGAGAAACAUUCUCUAUGAAUUCUCAUCUUGUAGUAGAGUCAACCAAAGACUUACGAGUGGAUUUGGUAAAUGGAAACUGAAAGAAGACCGUGUAUAUAAUAAUAUACACAUACAGUAACCCCUUGCAAUAUCGUGGUUCACUUAUUGUGGUUUAUUAUUUAAGAUUACAUUGAUUCCUCCAUGGUGGUGGUGUUUUGCAUUUAUAAUAAAAUAAAUAUAUACAAAUUAUUAAAAUAUUUAAAAGAAUAUACAGUACAGUACUAUUUCUACUUUGCAGAUUUUCACCUGUCUCAGUGGGUUUUGGAACAUAACACCUGCGAUAGUCAAGGGAUUACUGUAUAUAUAUAUAUAUAUAUAUAUAUAUACCUCUGUUAUCUUUUACUUACUUUAGUCAUUAGAUUGCAGCCUUGCUUGGGCACCACCAUGAAGAAUUUUUAGUCGAAUGAAUUGUGCCCAGUACCUUGUGUUUUUAAAGCCUGGUACCUUAUUCUAUCGGUUUCUUUUGCAAAACCACUAAGUUUCAGUGAUGUAGUGAGAAGGGAACACAAAGACACACACACAUAUAUAGAUAUGCGUAAACGAUGACCUUCUUUCAGUUUCCGUCCACCAUAUUCACUCACAAGUCUUUGGUCAGUCCAAGUCUAAAGAAGAAGACCACACAGCCGCAUCUGCACCUAUAUAUAUAUAUAUAUAUGUAUAUAUAUAUAUAUGCUUUUGGUGCAAAUGGUUUUGUUAAGCAGUGUCGGAUUUUACAAUUCUGCAAAUCAUAAUAACGGUAUUCUUUUAUAAGCUGAAAGCUUACACCGAUCACCAUGCAAAUGACUAAGAAAAAUAGUCUAAUAAUGGGACAUACAAGCCCUUGACAGAAAAAAGUAGGCUUUCCUGUAUGCAUGGGACUUGAACCCACAUACCUUUGUUAAAGCGACUGUGUUACCGAUUACACCAGCGAGUCGUGUUAACAAAGGGAUGUGGGUUCAAGUCUCACACGUACGGGAAAGCCUACUUUCUUUUGUCGAGGGCUUAUAUGCCCCAUUAUUAGACUAUUUUCCUUAGUCAUUUGCACAGUGAUUGCUAUAAGCUUUAAGCUUAUAAAAAAUACCAUUAUAUAUAUGUAUAUCAUCAUCGUAUAUAUAUAUAUAUAUAUAUAUAAACAUGAUCUUCUCGAUGUCCAUGGAUGCUAUGGACUGCACUGUAAUCAUCCCAGGAAUACUGACUGUGAUUUUCAGAAACAUGAUUUGUAGGAACAUGUAGUGAUGCAUUAAAAUAUUUAUAAAGUUCAUCCAAGGAUUAUUAUUGUUAUUACUAUAUAUAUAUAUAGUGUAUGUGUGUAGAAGGGGUUAUAAUCCAAGUUGUGUCUUUGUAAAGUACAUUUAUAUGUUCACAGUAAUCAAAUGUGUGGAUAUAGAUAUGUUUUAUUUUAAAUGAGACAUACAUAGCAUUUGAGAUUUCUGGUGAAUCCUGUUCACAGAGUAGUUGUAUAUCAAAACAAAAGACUGGUAAAAAUGGCUAUACUUUUAAUUAAAAAUAUACCAAAUUUCCCAGUCUUUUGCUUUGAAAUACAUGUGUGUGUGUCUUUGUCUUGACAUCACAUGAUAGUUGUAAAUGAGUAUCACUGUUAUACAAGCAGUUUCAUUCUGCAAGAACAUGUCUGGCUAUGGGGGAAAUAUUACCUUGCUUGAAAAACGGUUGAAAAAGGAUGAGGGUUGGCAAGUGGAAGUGCAUCCAUUCAUAGAACAUCUGCUUCAAAUGAACACCAUUUAUUAACUUACACAAGCAUGGAAAAGUGCAUGUUAAAUGAUGAUAUGUGUUUUCUGUAUAUACUAGCUUAAAAACUGCACUCCGUGUGGGAAUUUUGAGCUGGCUCCUGCAGAGAGCUAAUGGGGGACCUGCAGCACAAAAUUGAAGAGAGCAAUAAUAAUAAAGCCUUUAUUGGUAUCCUGCCAAUAUGGUAUUACUUUAAAUUCAGUUUAAAUGAAGGACUUGACAA